AUGCGCUCGCUUCUCGAGACCAGGAUACUCGACGGCAGUCGUAAUAACACGCUGUACUUUGGUUGCAGAUCUGCGAAUAAGGAUCAGCACCACGCAGACCAGUGGAAACGCUAUGUCGACGAGCAGAGUCUGACAUACCGGACUGCAUUCUCGAGAGAUGGUGACGAAGGCCAUAGGCGCGUGUACAUGCAGAAUCUCGUAGAAGAGGACAGUAAGCAGGUUUGGGAGGCGAUAGGGAAGCGUGACGGCUGGGUCCACAUCUCUGGCUCGUCCAACAAGAUGCCGACCUCUGUGCGUCGGGCCCUCGCGCAUGCCGCGCAUGUUGAGGGCGGCCUGGAUAAGCACGCGGCGACUGCCUAUGUGAACAGGAUGGAGAGGGAGGGCAGACUGUAUGAGGAGUGCUGGAGCUGA